UUAGGCAUUGCAUCCAUCCAGAAAAGUCAUACUUUGCUUUAUAAUUGUUGACACUCUUUCUUCCAGCCUUUCAGUUAAACGCAUUUUGUGAAAGCGCUCGGUAAAAAUUGUUAGAAGCUCCAAUAGUUCGUGUGAAAUGGAUCAAUUCGAACGGAAUUCGUCCUCGCCUGAAAAGUUUAGUCUCGUUGAUUUUAUCAAGGAAAAGUUAAGUGAAUUGAUGAAUAGUGACACUGAUGAAGAAAAUCCUAAUUCGCCAAUUAUUUCCAUCAAAAAAUUUGAAGAUAUUCACAUCGAUCCAAAUUUACUAAAAGCGGUGUAUGCAGCUGGUUUUAAUAGACCUUCAAAAAUUCAAGCCAAUGCGUUACCACUGUUGCUGGCAGAUCCACCAUUAAAUUUGGUCGCUCAAAGCCAAUCAGGAACCGGGAAGACAGCAGCUUUCGUUUUAGCAAUGUUAACACGUGUGGACACUGAUCUAGAUUAUCCUCAGGUUAUUUGUAUGUGCCCAACAUAUGAGCUGGCAAUUCAGACUGGUGAAAUAUGUGCAAAAUUUUCUCAAUAUAUGAACAAAAUAAACAUGAUAUUUGCGGUACGUGGAGAGUUCGUUCCACGUUCAACACAACUUAAUCAGCAAAUUGUGAUUGGCACUCCAGGAAAAGUUAUGGAUUGGGGCACAAAAUACAAAUGUUUUGAUCUCAAGAAAAUACGUGUAUUUAUAUUAGACGAAGCUGAUACGAUGGUAUCAACUCAAGGUCAUCGAGGCCAUUGCCUCCGUGUUCAUAGAGAACUUGAUCGAUCUUGCCAAAUGAUUUUUUUUUCGGCAACAUAUGAUGAAAAAGUGCUUGACUUUGUAAGCCGCAUGGUGUCUAAUCCGAAAAUUAUAAGAUUGACACGUGAUGAAGAAUGUCUCGAUAAUAUCAAACAAUAUUAUGUUAUGUGCAGAGGUGAAGAAUCAAAAUAUACAGCAAUUCAAAAUAUUUAUGGCGGAAUAACAAUCGGUCAAGCAAUUAUUUUUUGUAAUACUCGUCUUAGCGCUUCUUGGCUGGCGAAAAAAUUAACUACAGAUGGCCACUCUGUUGCCGUCCUCUCAGGCGAAUUUGAUGUUGGCCAACGUCUUUCUAUAUUAGAUCGCUUUCGAGCAGGGCUUGAAAAAGUCUUGGUAGCUACUAAUGUCCUAUCGCGAG